AUGGGUGACUUCUCGCCCCCCCCUUACCAGCUCCUGUCUGAAGCAAUCAUAUUCUGGAGCGUCGCAACCGUGCUAUACAUUGGCAGGAUAGUUUCCCGUGUCAUCUCAACCGGUUCGAUCAAGCGCCUAUAUUUUGAGGACUAUGUGAUGAGCGUCACGUUUUUGAUCUAUACAACGUUGCUGGUUCUGAUUCAAGUCUCCGCCCACUAUGCGUCUAAUCUCUUCGAUCCGGCACAAUAUGAUGAGAUCAUGUCCAACCCACAAGAAGUGCGUGAUCGUAUCUUUGGGAGCAAGAUCGUCAUUGGCCUUGAGCAGUGCAUGCUAUUCUCUACCUGGGGAGUCAAGAUUUGCAUGUUGACCAUGUUCUGGCGGCUCACCCAGAAUUUCCGGCUGCUGCGCAUGUAUGUCAAACUGAUAGCCGCCUUAAUUGCCGUCGGUUUCCUCGUGAUCAUGGUCACGUACUAUGCCGUCUACUGCCGGCCAUUCUCGCAGUACUGGGCCAUGCCGGUGCGGGACAUGCAAUGCGCGACCUACCAGAACUACUCCAUUACCCAAGCGGUCUUCAACAUCUCCUCCGAUGCUGCCAUGCUCGCGCUGCCAUUUCCUCUACUGCGGAAGGCUCAGAUGAGGAGGGGGAAGAAAAUCAUGCUGGCGGGCGUCAUGAGCUUGGGGGUAUUCACAAUCGCCGCUGCGAUUCUCAACAAGGUCUUCAAUUUCGCCUCCCCCUUGACAACCACUUAUCAACUCUGGUAUAUACGGGAGGCGAGCACUGCGAUUUAUGUCGCAAAUAUGGCAUGUCUGUCGCCGCUAAUCCGGAGGGUGUUCAGCUCGAAAAUGUAUCAGAAGACGAACAGAUUGCAUGGUCAGCAUGCCCGUUGGCAUGGUAUAGAUCCUUCCAGCGCAUCACGUUCCAUGCAAAGCAAGAAAAAUCCGAGAUGCUGGCACCCAAUCCAUUUAUCUCAUGCCUCCGAAGGGAAGUUUGACCAGUGCACCAUGAGUAUCAGGAAAGCCCUACGAGGAUAA